GACCCACUUGCCCCGGCCGGACCACCAAUGCGGGGAUGGAUGGGAGACUACUUCCGCAUUUAAUAGACACGGGAACAUCGCAGGAACAUCAAUAAUUUUGGUCCAUUCUACAUCAUCGGAGGUUCACUCUGAAAGACGUUUGAAGACAAAGCUGGUGCGCCAUGAUGCAGUUGAAGGCUUGGGCAGUGUUCGCGCUGUCGGCCCUUCCAACCGUCUACGCACGCCAGCAUCUGAAUUCCAGAGUCAUUAAUAGCGUGAGACGACAUGACGGUCACGGACAACAGGAGACAUCCCCCGACGACGGCAGCACCUACCAAACCCGGUUUCCUGGAGUGACGUGGGAUGACGACAACUGGAUGCUUACCACCACGUCCUUGGACCAAGGCCAUUACCAGUCACGCGGAUCGGUGGCAAACGGAUACCUGGGUAUUAGUGUGUCUAGUGUCGGUCCGUUUUUUGAACUCGAUGUCCCUGUCGAAGACGACGUUCUCAACGGCUGGCCGCUCGAUUCGCGACGGCAGAGCUUUGCGACGAUUGCCGGGUUCUGGGAUGCCCAGCCUACCACGUCCCGAAGCAACUUUGAGUGGCUCAGCCAGUAUGGAACCGACAGUGUUAUCAGCGGCGUCCCUCACUGGAGUGGGCUGGUCUUGGACUUGGGCGACGGGGUGUACCUAGAUUCGACGGUGGACAACAAAACCAUUACUAAGUUCCGGUCGACUUACGAUUUCAAAUCCGGCAUUCUAUCCUGGUCAUAUACCUGGACGCCCAAAGGAGAUCUUGGGUCAUAUGCCGUUACCUACCGGUUGUUCGCCCACAAGCUGAAGGUCAACCAGGCUGUGGUCGACAUGCAGAUCGUCCCCUCGGCCAAUGGAAAAGCCACCGUAGUGAACGUGAUCGAUGGGUUUUCAGCGGUGCGCACGGAUUUCGUUGAGUCUGGUGAGGACGAGGGGGCCAUAUUCUCGGCGGUGCGACCCUGGGGGAUUCCUGAUGUGGCUGCUUAUUUGUAUGCGAAUCUGACCGGUUCCGACACAGUUGAUCUGUGCUCGAAAAGACUCGUCAAGGAUAAGCCCUACAUACAUGCCAAUCAAUCUUCGCUUGGACAGGCAGUAGACGUCAAAUUCUUCGCUCACCAACCCGUGCGGAUAACCAAGUUCGUCGGCGGCGCGUCGUCCGAUGCAUUCCCAGACCCACGCCAGACGGCCAAGCAGGCAGCGUCGUCGGCGCUUGCGGCCGGAUAUGACAAGCUAUUGCAAGCCCAUGCAUCGGAAUGGGCCAGCGUCAUGCCUGAUACUUCAGUGGACCGCUUUACUGAUCCCACCACUAAGCGACUGCCGUCCGAUCUACAUGUGAUCGACUCUGCUAUCAUCGCCGUCGCCAACACCUAUUACCUGGUACAAAAUACGGUCGGCAAGAAUGCGAUCAAAGCUGUCGGUGGAGCACCGGUGAAUGUUGACAGUAUCUCGGUCGGUGGCCUGACAUCUGAUUCAUACGCCGGCCAGGUCUUCUGGGAUGCCGACGUGUGGAUGCAGCCCGGCCUGGUCGCUUCUCACCCCGAGGCCGCUCAGCGUAUUACCAACUACCGGGUGAAACAGCACCAACAGGCGGUCCGGAAUGCCCAGACAGCGUACGUGGGCUCGAAGAACGAGACUGUCAUCGACAAAUCGGCAGCCAUCUACCCCUGGACGAGCGCGCGUUUCGGCAACUGCACUGCGACUGGACCGUGUUGGGACUACCAGUAUCACCUCAAUGGCGACAUUGGGCUUUCCCUGAUCUACCAGUGGGUGACCAGUGGUGAUACGCAGACGUUCCGCGAGAAACAUUUCCCGGUGUACGACUCGAUAGCUACGCUGUUUUCCAACAUCGUCCAACGCAACGGCUCGUCGUGGACGCUGACCAACAUGACCGAUCCGGACGAAUUCGCCGACCAUGUCGACGGCGGUGGAUACACGCUACCGCUCAUCGGAGAGACCUUGACGUACGCCAACCAAUUCCGCCAGCAAUUCGAUAUCCAGCCCAGCGAGCACUGGGCGGAAAUAGCUGAAAAUGUUAUGGUGUUGCGCGAGAAUGGAAUCACCUUGGAAUACACCACCAUGAACGGGUCCACGCGAGUCAAGCAGGCGGACGUCGUCCUCCUUACGUACCCCCUCGACUACGACAGCAACUACACAUCGAAGAACGCGUUGACAGACCUAGACUACUACGCCAACAAGCAGUCACCGGACGGGCCAGCCAUGACAUGGGCGAUCUUCUCGAUCGUCGCCAACGCGAUGUCGCCCUCGGGUUGCUCCGCGCAUACUUACCACCAGGUCUCAUUCGCCCCGUACGCGCGACCCCCGUUCUACCAGCUCUCCGAACAGAUGGUCGACAAAUUCAGCGUCAACGGCGGAACGCACCCUGCCUUCCCGUUCCUGACCGGCCACGGCGGGUCCAACCAAAUCGUCCUCUUCGGCUACCUGGGUCUCCGACUCCUCCCCGACGACAUCCUCCACGUGGACCCCAACCUGCCGCCCCAGAUCCCCCACCUCCGCUACCGCACCUUCUACUGGCGCGGAUGGCCCAUCGCAGCAGAAUCCAACUACACACAUACCACACUGCAGCGAGACCACCACACGCCCGCGCUAUCGACCGCCGACCCCCGGUGGGCCCAGAACGCCCCCAUCACCGUCGAAGUAGGGGCCUCACCCGGCCACACGACACGCCACUCGCUCCCCAAGAACGGCACGCUCACCAUCCCCAACCGCCGCAUCAGCGACACAAAAACCACCCCGGGCAACCUCGUCCAAUGCGCCACGGUGUACUCGCCCGACGCCUUCGAACCAGGCCAGCUCCCCAUGGGCGCCGUCGACGGUGCCACCUCCACCAAAUGGCAGCCCUCCACAGCCGCAAAUUGGACCUCCCUCACCGUGACCCUCCCGCCACCCACGAACAACAACAGCGCAGUCAUCACCGGCUUCGACUUCACCUGGGGCUCCGAACCCCCCGUCAACGCAACCAUCAUCCUCCACGAUACCGCUCCCUCCCACUCUUCCUCUACGCCGUCUAAGGCCCCACCCACAGGCCGCACAGUCUGCACCCUAACAAACAUCAAACAGUCUGCGCCCUACGAUGCCAAAAAGACAGACCUCAACGCCGUCGUCAUACCGCUGGGGAACACCACGCACGUGGAUCUACCCCGGAGCGAGAAGCCCGCCCGCUACGCGACGUUGUACAUCGUGGGCAAUCAAGCCAGUGGGGGGACUAACAAUGGUACGGGUGCGACGGUUGCCGAGUGGGUUAUCUUGGGUGGUAAGAAGGGAGCCGUCAGGGUUUGAGGUUAUUAUUUUUAUUAUUCUUAUUUUCUGGUUCUUGUCCUAUUAUCUUGAUUGUGGUUAUCGUUGUUCUGGUUAAUAAUAUUCUUAUUUCUAGUCUUAG